AUGGCUGAGCCGAAGAGGAUAGUCACGCAGACCGUCGGAGAAACAGGCAGCAGGGGACGAGUGACCAUGGACACACUCAAAGUCUAUAGUACUUCUUACAGGGCGUCGUAUGGUGAGAGAGUGCACGACCCAGUCAGGGUGACCUUCACUUCUUACCUCGGACAUCCCAGUGAGACAGGCUUUACAGCAAACCAGAGACCAGCUAUAUAUUACAGGCCCAGUCUGGACUACACUGACAACCCUCAGUUUGGACUCCUGUUAUCUGACAGUUUCACGUCUCAAACCAAACGGCAUUACCAGCCUCACAUCCGGUCUGAGUGUUCGGGGUCUUUGCCAAAACUCAUUAACAAACCCAGAGACAGCGGCUUCUAUCAGCUGAGGAGUCACCCGAAAACAGUGACUGGCGAGGACAAGACAGAAUACCAAAGAUUGUUUGUGCCUCAUCGUCUCGCACCAGCAGUUUCCCAAAACCAUGUGACUAUAGGUCCUAAGGCAGAGACUGGUUUCACUGAGGGGACGGACCUUCACCUUAACACUUUUCAGGAGAAGAACAGCAGCAGGCUUCCAGUCGAACCUCGCCAGACUCAGAGCUCAGUGACGAAAAUCGACUUCUUGCCACCGUCAUUUCUGCAGGGCACUGAGGUGAUACCGGGCCUGCGCAGCCAUUCUUGUCGAGAAACAGGAUUCACUCGAGGUUCCAUCGCUCCCUUGGCCUGCCCAACCUCCCUUCUGUCAUCACCCCAGUCUAAAAGUAAUGCACCAACUGAGAGGACUAUUGGAAAAAAAGAGCCCACGGGGUCUCUUCUAAAUGCUCCGAACAACCAGGCUUUCCCUAAUACACCUUUUGAUUGUUCACACUUCACUACACAUUAUAAGAGCAAAUUCUGUUGUGAAGCUGAUUUAGAAAAGCUGAGAUCUGGCCACACAGGUGCAGGAAUCAUCAGUGCAAAAAUGAACAAUGGCUACAAUCUCCGGGACAUGGACAGGUUCAUCUUUAGGGGCUAAAACUUCACAUACCUGAGAUGUUGUCUUCAUGGCUACUCAUCGCAAAAAUUAAAUUUUGGG